AUGUUAACAUGUAUGAGAGAAAAGAGUGCAUAUGAAAUUGUUGAAGCUGAAAAGCGAUUGAUUAAACGACAACGAACAAUACUAUAUUAUCAUCCACAAGUCGGUCCUCCAUUUCUAUCUGACGAUCCAUUUUACGAUAUUGACGCCGGCAAAUUUCAUGAUGUCGAAGUAUUAAUAGGCAGUGUAAUGGAUGAAGGCACACCUUUCGUUAUUGCAUUGAAUCCAUAUUUAGCCAUAGAAAACAAGCCAAUUUUAUCAAAAGCAGAGGCGAAAGAUAUUAUGAGUAAAUUUUACAAAUUAACUGGAGAAUAUCUUGACCGUAUUGUAAAGAAAUAUUUAGGAAAUGUGGCAGAAAAUGACUAUUCAGAAAUUCUAAAACAAACAAUCAAAGAUUUAGGCGACGCAGCAUUUUCAUGCCCCAUAUCACAUUUAGUGGAAAGACUUUCACAAUAUGAUCACACAGUCUACGUUUAUAAGUUCAAUCAUACUCGAAUCAAAUCUCUGUUUAAAAGAUGGAUGGGAGUUCUACACAACGAAGAUUUGCAUUUCGUGUUUGGAAGACCAUUAUUAAAACAGAAAGAUUACACCGAAGAAGAAGUAUUGUUUAGCAGGAGAAUUAUACAACUUUGGACGUCGUUCGCUAAAACUGGGAAACCCACUUUCGAUGAAAUGCAGUUUGAAUGGAAACAGUUCGAUAAGCACCAACGCAACUUCCUUUCUCUGACUCUUGGUAAAAUUCGUCCUAUGAAAGCAGAUUUGGAAGAAAAUUGCAAAUUUUGGAAAGAGCUACUCAGAGAAUAUACAAAUAAAAUGUACAUGCACUAA